AUGGGGAUUCGCAGAGAAGAUAUUUCCAAAUUUUGUGAGAUAUUGAAUAUACCUUUUUCCAUGAGCAAAGAUACCUGGCAUAGUCAUGAGGAUGCCCUGCUUCAAGCACAUACUGAAGUUGUCCAGGUGGGACUCGAGAAAAACAGGAAAGAGGCAAGGAAGCUGGCAAUGGCAGACGAAGAGAUUAGUGAAGAAGAUGAAGACACUCUGGUUGACAUUCCAAUCAGUUUUGAUGGUACAUGGUCCAAGAGAGGAUACACUGGAAUUGUUUGAAAACCGUUUGCGACCCAUUUAUGCGAGGCUUAAGUGAUCCUGCUCUUCUUGAACGUUGUCUUCCAGGCUUUACCCAAAAUGCAAAUGAGUCUGUGAAUUCAUUAGUGAAGAUUAGGUGCCCAAAGCACAAAUGGCAUGGAAGAAAACGGAUUGAGCUGGCAACAGCAUCAGCUACUCUACACUUCAGUGCAGGGGCAACUGCAAAGUACGAAGUGAUGGUAAGGGCUGGGUUAGUUGUUGGGGCUGGCACCAGAAAGAAAAGCAGAAGAGAUUCUGGGCGAAUGAAAAAGGCUGAAAAAAGGAUCCAGGAUCAGCGUAAAAAAUACAGAGUUGCUCGCAGACAAGCAAAGCAAAGAGAUGAGGAACAAUGGUGA